AGCAAAAUGUUUAUACGUGGAGGCUGUAGAGGACACUAGUAAAGAGGAUAGCUUCUGGUGAGGGUCAUGGGUCAGAGGCGGAUCAGAUUUACUGUUUACCACAAUGUCAUGCAUGUAAAAUCAAAAUUUGUGAAUGUCAAGAGCAACGGGGGAUAUAUACAGUAACUAACUGAAUAUACUUAACAGUCAAAGAGAGUUUCUGUAGGGUAGAAAACGGUGUCAUUACUGUAAAGAAGAAAAUCCCCCAAAAGAAGAAUGUUUGGAUUGUCUGCUGAUGACACAGUAACGUCUCGAUUACGUUACUGGAGUGUGACGUCGCCAGAGACGCUGGCGUUUGUCUACGUCACUCCUGACGGCCAGCGGUUUGCUUACACAAGGAAGGAGCUGUUCUCUAUGUCACGCAGAGCAGCCAGUUGGCUUCAUAAGCGAAACGUGUGCAAAAGUGACGUCCUUCUCUGCCUCGUUCCGACAUCACCAGAGCAGAUGUUGAUCGCCCUUGGAACGGAGUUGCUAGGGGCGACAGUGAUGUGUACAAACAUGCAGUACAGAGACGGAUCCGACAUUUCGCCUUUGAUGAAAAACGCUGACGUCACGACCUUAGUGGUGGACGAGACAGACCAACAAGCCAUCGCUGCCCUACAGACCUUCAUCCCCAACUUGUCUGCUCCAUCGGUCAUCAGCGAAGCUGUUCCGUCGUUAAAAUCUGUUAUCUUCUGUAAUCGCUUCUCACAGUUGUCCUUCUUGGUAGCUGUAGUCGCUGAGGAAGAAGGAGACCUUGCUGACGUCAGUCCUGAUGAUGUCACGACGAUUUUCGCGACCUCUGGUAGCUCCGGGCAACCGAAGCUAGUGACCAGAACCCACAGGGAGGUCAUGACCAUGGGGUUAAAUUAUUACCAGUGUUGCCUCCACACAGAGUCAAGACCCAAAAUGGGAGUCCACUACAAUUCCAGCUCAUUUGGUUGGAUGUCUGGCUAUCCUUCGAUAUAUUUUACGAGUGGGAAGACGAAGGUAGUUCCUUACUUCAAAGGAGCUCCUCCAAAUGAUGAGGCCAAGUUCUUGAUGGACUUGUUGAAGAAAGAGUCCGUUGACAGCGCAGUGUUAUUACCGCCAACAAUCAAGACCCUACUGGCACGCGCUGACCUCUUGCAGUGUGACGUCACGUGGCGCUUGCCCUUGAUCAUCACUGGAGCCAACGCAGUCAGGACAGAUGUUGCCCCUGCCAUAGGACCUUUGACCUCUGAGCUGAGGGUGGUCUACGGAUGCACUGAAGUAGGUUUUGUCUCAUACAAAACCUACGACGAUCCCGGCAAGGUCGUGAAUUUUAACUGCGGGAGGCAUGUAGACGGAAUGGCAGUGAAAAUUGUCGACGACAAUCUGAGAGAAGUUCCUCCCAACACCAAAGGGGAGGUAAUGAUCAAACACAACGGCUUCUUCACCGGGUACCUCAAUCAGCCAGAUCUCACAGCAGACGCCACACCAGAAGACGGGUGGUUCAGACCUCGAGACCUUGCUUACAUCAACAACGAGGGUGAUCUCUUUGUUGAGGGGAGACAAUCGGAGGUCAUUGCCAUAAGCAGCUGGAGGUUUUACCCACAGCUACUGGAGUCCCACCUCAUGGAGUGUCCCGGAGUGCAUGACGUGGCUGUGGUGGCUAUCCCCGACAAGGAUUUCGAGAACCUUCCAUGUGUGUGCGUCGUGCAGGAUCCCAGACCGGAAGCCCCGCGCGUGGUUCCUGACCACCUCCUUCGCGCAUGCGCCGAGUAUUUCCAGGACAGUUUUGUCCAGUUGAGCAAGCAGGCAGAACUAAGCGUUCCUAAGGUGUGUCUGGUGUUUGACAAGUUUCCUCUCAAUCCCAAUGGAAAAGUACAACGAAGAGCUCUACGAGCUCUGGCUGUGGAGAGACUCGGGCUGCUGACUGACAAGUGAUCAACUUUUCUAUCAUCACCUAUCUCUCUCGUGUCUUCUGAAGAUAAUUAGACACUCAGAUUCAAAAGACUUAAGCAAACUCAAAACAAUUAACCACCUUUUUUCCUCUUGAUUCUAAUUAAUUAAUAGCACUGUUAACAAGAAGAAUAAUCAUUCGUAAACUUUAAUUGCCCUUACCCCAAUCAAAGUGGGGUUCAACGAGAUGUAUUACUAUCUUCUGAAAUUCACACAAUACCUACUAAAUACCAACGCAAACGCUUAGUAUUUGUGUUGUUUACCUAUGAUAUAAAUUACUAUGUCGAGCAUAUGUUGGAAAUGUGCGAAGUUCCUUAAAUAAUAGUGUAGUUUGGGUGAAAGCGAUUUUUUAAUAUUUAAGCUACAACUAUAAGGCAAGGGCAAACUACUACAGCUACAUUUUCUAUGGUGAGCUGCUUCUUUCUCCAUAAGGUAGGGUAUGAGGAGAGAUUGAUAAAAGUUUUUUUGGUACAUUGCCAGGGAUGUUUUUUAUUUUGAAUAUAUUAUUUUAUGGAAAUUGUUUUAAGUGGUAGCAUUUUAUGUUUUGUGUAUAGAUUGUAUAAUUGAAAAAACUUGAAGAAACUCCUCAUUAAUAAUAAUAUUAUUAGCAAAACUCAGAAAAUAAAAAGGAGUAGAUUAAGAAGAAGAA